AUGAUCUUGAAACCGCAGCAAGUCAUUGACGUCUUAGGCCUCUUACUCCCUCUAUCAGUUUCAGCUCUACCUGCUACAGCACCUCAAUCCACCCUCACCCAGUCAUUGAAACAAAGUGACGAUGAUCGACCCACCUCCACGACCCCUGAAAGUAUCACCACCCGCAACCCUCCUUCUUCGACUAGCGACGGUGCCCCUACCGAGCCGGCCACAAUCACUUCAGAGAGUCCCAAUUGGAUCGGGAAAUUGGCCUCUCUUGCUGCUGAAGCGGCCAGUUCCAGCGCUAAUGCCGCAAGUAGUAAUGGCACAAGUACAGCUUCUGCUAUGAGUAGCGCUCCAACGUCUAGUGCCACUCCCAUCUGGAAUAAGGAGAAGAAUGGGGAAUACGGGGCUUUUAUAGUAGAGCUCGAUCCUUACACCUGUGCUUAUAACGGAAAAGAUACCUAUUGCAAUGAUGCUGAUCCAGAGACAUUACCUAUUUACUCGAUGAACACGUAUAACAAGACCGUCGAUAUGUCAUGGACCUUUUCAGCUUAUGAUGCAGGCAAUGCAAGUAAUGAUAAUGAUACUAGGUAUUGGGAUAAUUCGGAUCCGAUAAAGGUUAUCAAAUGCGAUAUCGGUCUUACUCCUGGAGAGUCAUCCGAUGAGAGUUCUGUACAAGACGAUGGAAAAGACGAAGAUAAUAACUAA